GUGUCGUCCUAGAAAUUACCGGAAAUGCCCCGUCGUCGAAGGUGACGACUACUCCGUAUCCGGAGUUCUCUCCCUUGACCCCUCUCUCUCUCGCGAAUUCUUUGCCUCCGAUCGAAGCCCUAUUUUUUGAUGCUCAUCUGACGGAGGAACGGAGGACGAGUAGGGAAUGGAUCGGAUCAUCGGGGGGAAGUACAAGCUAGGGCGCAAGAUCGGCAGUGGAUCCUUCGGCGAGAUCUAUCUUGCGACCCACUUUGACACGUUUGAGAUCGUCGCGGUGAAGAUCGAAAACAGAAGGGCCAAGCACCCACAGUUGUUUUAUGAGGCCAAGCUGUAUAACAUUCUUCAGGGAGGAAGUGGCAUCCCGAGCAUAAAAUGGUGCGGCAUUGAUGGAGAGGAUAAUGCUCUUGUUCUCGAUUUGCUUGGUCCAAGUCUGGAGGGUUUGUUUGUCUAUUGCAGUUGCAAGUUCUCAUUGAAGACUGUUCUUAUGCUUGCAGAUCAAAUGAUUACAAGAAUAGAGUAUGUGCACUCGAAAGGUUUUUUGCACAGAGACAUUAAACCUGAUAACUUUCUGAUGGGUCUUGGAAGGAAGGCCAAUCAGGUAUACAUCAUCGAUUUUGGGCUUGCAAAAAGGUAUAGGGAUUCUACCACAAAUCGUCAUAUCCCAUACAGAGAAAACAAAAACUUGACUGGAACUGCUAGCUAUGCAAGUUGCAAUACUCGUCUAGGAAUUGAGCAAAGUUGUCGGGAUGAUUUGGAAUCUCUUGGUGGUUAUGUUCUUCUGUAUUUUCUCAGAGGAAGGUAUUCUUUAAUUAAGUCAUAUUUAUUUCCAAAUUUAACUUGCUCUUCCUUUUUUAUUCCUGAAACUAUCUUGUAA